AUGAUUAUUGAAAUCUCUGGCCGAGGUGGGGAAGCCAUUCACCUUGAUAGCGAGAAUCUUCCUUUAGGCUCGGAGUUUGACGAGCUGUUGGGGCUUUUGAAGGAUGGCAAGACCCCUCGGUCCACACAGCACAAAAUAGCCUAUGGGUAUAGAGGGCAUCCGGAGCUUGCCAUGAAGAUACUUGAGCAGCUGGAGGGAGACGAUGGUGGGGACCACAGCACACUGUUGCUUCUGCUUGCAUGUAAACUCCAAGCAGGACUGGACGGGAUCGAUGUUGUGCAGAGGAUGGGACUUCUUGAGUCUCCUAUACUUGAUACUCUCAAGGGAUUCGUCUCGUUGAGGAAAAAAAGCUACGAUGGGGCACUGUUUCUUUUUGGAAAGGCAAGAUUUUCUCUGGGGGUCCAGAUCUGCAACUACUAUCUUGGGAAUAUCUCCGAGGCCAAGAAGUCCGACAACGGUGUUUUGAGAGGAUAUUGUCUUCUGAAGGAUGCCAGGAGAAGUGACGCGCUUUCUGAGGUUGCAAAGCUGUUCAGGGAGGCAGACAAGAAAGACCUUCUGUUUGGGCUUGGACUUGGAGAAGAGUACGAGAAUGGGGAGAACCCGGACGUAAAGAUGAGGGUGGCAUCGGAACUUGUGGAGAAGGAGGACUAUCCCAGGGCAUGCGAGGUGAUGGAAGGAAUGGAAAAGAGUGCAGAGAUGUUUUACCUAAAGGGAAAGAUGGAGCACAAGAGAGGGAAUCUGGAAGAGGCAAAGAAAUAUUACAUGGAGAGCCUUGGAUGUGACCGAGACUUUUUCAAGAGCGAAUACAAUCUUCAAAGAAUAGUGCAGGACAAGAUGAGAGAUGUCGAUUACCGAUGUAGCGAGUUCUGCGAUUUCAAGGUCUAUCUCCAGCUGAAGAACAAGAUGAAGGAUGUGAGUCUGGAGGGAUGUAGCUCUGAGUUUCGGGACUUGGUCUCUGUUGUAGUUGGCGAAGGGCUUCGAAGGACGGACGGACUGAUGAGGAAAUACAUGAGAUUGGUAGGAAACCCGUGGAUUGAGAACUUUGUGGUUAUGAAUAACAUCGGAUACUCCUUGUGCAGACACAUGAGACCUUUUGAAAAGGUUGAGGAAAGGGCGGAGGGAAGCGAUAGGUUUCUAAUUGGGUCGAUUGGGAUUGACAGAGAGCAUCAGGACUCCUCGGAUGGCAUAGAUAAGGUAGAAGAGGGGAAGAAGUACCUGGUAAGAGCAUUGAGUGAGUGUCCCGAGGAAUAUAAGGAGGUGAUAAAGUACAACCUUGGAUAUGUGACGGAGGACAGAGGAUUGCUAAUGGAGCUGUCAUUGAAAGAGGCAAAGCUACUUCUAUCUGUGGGAGGGGAAGGAAUAUCCUCGAUUCCCAACGAGCUUGAGCUAGUAGGAUUUUACCACAUGAAGAGAAAGGAGUUUAAGCUGGCGAAGAAGAUAUUCCAGAAGUUGGAUACGUUGUACAGCAGCAUUGGGCUUGGGAACAUAUACAUCCGGAGCUUUUAUAAGGACAGGGACGUCUCUGCAUUAGGGAAAGCUACAAAGGCAUUUGCAAGGGGACUGAGGUCCUACUACUGCGGGAAUGGAAUCGGGAUAUGCCUUGCAUUGAGAGGAAGGACGGAGGAGGCCAUCGAUGUGUUCAGCAGUGUGGCGACCGACUGGGUUGGGGGAUAUGUGAAUCUCGGAAACUGCUUGGUGCUUUGUGGAAGGUAUAGAGAGGCGAUGGAUGUCUUUUCGAAGACAUCCUCGAUGAAAUAUUCGCGUGAGAUGCUUGGAAGGCUUUGUGAGAUUGUUGACGAGGUCGACGGAUAUAGACUGUGCAUGGAUGCCGGAAUACCUGGUGCCAGGGAGAAGAUGUUUGAGCUUUUGGUUGAGCAGAACCGCCUAGAAGAGGCAAAGGAGCUCGGCACGUCUGACCAAAGGCUUGAAAGGAUGUAUAAUGAAAGGAAGGAGGAGCAGGAGAAGAAGAGAGAGGAGCUUCGUAGAAAAGCCGAGGAAAUGAGAGAAUACAGAAAGAGAAGGAGAUAA